AUGCGGGCCCAUUAUCUUGCAGACCCCACAGUCAGUGAGACACACCGUCUCCCCUCGGGUGGAAGCGGGAUCGCCAUGUCGGACUCGGAGGAGCACCACUUCGAAUCAAAGGCCGACGCUGGUGCGUCCAAGACCUACCCGCAGCAGGCUGGCACCGUCCGCAAGAACGGCUUCCUCGUCAUCAAGGGCCGUCCCUGCAAGGUUGUGGAGGUUUCUACCUCAAAGACUGGUAAGCAUGGCCACGCCAAAUGCCACUUUGUUGCCAUAGACAUAUUCAACGGGAAAAAGCUUGAAGAUAUUGUUCCUUCUUCACACAACUGUGACAUUCCGCAUGUGAACCGUACUGAGUAUCAGCUGAUUGACAUAUCAGAGGAUGGAUUUGUGAGCCUUCUUACUUCAGAUGGCAACACUAAGGAUGAUCUUAGACUCCCAACUGAUGAUACUCUCGUGGCCCAGAUUAAGGAAGGGUUUGAAAGCGGGAAGGAUCUUGUUGUGACCGUCCAGUCUGCUAUGGGGGAGGAGCAGAUCUGCGCGUUGAAGGAUGUUGGCCCCAAGUAA